AUGGACGUAAGGCUCAAUGUUUCCAUCCUGCAUUGUGCUCUCUGCAUUGCACGCCCAGCUCCACAAGAAGAGGAGCCACCAUCGCAGCCCAUCCUGGGCGAGCUCACGGCCCCUCAUGUCAGCCCCGACUCCGUCCAGCUGGAGUGGAGCGUCCCCGAGGGCACCUUUGACUCCUUCACGGUGCAGUACAAGGAUGCCCAAGGCCAGCCCCAGGUGUUGCCCGUGGACGGAGGUUCACGCACGGUGACGGUGCCUGGGCUGUCACCAUCCCGCCGCUACAAGUUCAACCUGUACGGGGUGUGGGGUCGGAAACGCCUGGGCCCCGUCUCCACCGAUGCGGUCACAGCUGCGUCCGAGCCAGAGGAGGAGCCACCAUCGCAGCCCAUCCUGGGCGAGCUCACGGCCUCCCACGUCAGCCCCGACUCCGUCCAGCUGGAGUGGAGCGUCCCCGAGGGCACCUUUGACUCCUUCACGGUGCAGUACAGGGAUGCCCAAGGCCAGCCCCAGGUGUUGCCCGUGGACGGUGGUUCACGCACGGUGACGGUGCCUGGGCUGUCACCAUCCCGCCGCUACAAGUUCAACCUGUACGGGGUGUGGGGUCGGAAACGCCUGGGCCCCGUCUCCACCGAUGCCGUCACAGCUCCACAAGAAGAGGAGCCACCAUCGCAGCCCAUCCUGGGCGAGCUCACGGCCCCUCAUGUCAGCCCCGACUCCGUCCAGCUGGAGUGGAGCGUCCCCGAGGGCACCUUUGACUCCUUCACGGUGCAGUACAAGGAUGCCCAAGGCCAGCCCCAGGUGUUGCCCGUGGACGGAGGUUCACGCACGGUGACGGUGCCUGGGCUGUCACCAUCCCGCCGCUACAAGUUCAACCUGUACGGGGUGUGGGGUCGGAAACGCCUGGGCCCCGUCUCCACCGAUGCCGUCACAGCUGCGUCCGAGCCAGAGGAGGAGCCACCAUCGCAGCCCAUCCUGGGCGAGCUCACGGCCUCCCACGUCAGCCCCGACUCCGUCCAGCUGGAGUGGAGCGUCCCCGAGGGCACCUUUGACUCCUUCACGGUGCAGUACAGGGAUGCCCAAGGCCAGCCCCAGGUGUUGCCCGUGGACGGUGGUUCACGCACGGUGACGGUGCCUGGGCUGUCACCAUCCCGCCGCUACAAGUUCAACCUGUACGGGGUGUGGGGUCGGAAACGCCUGGGCCCCGUCUCCACCGAUGCCGUCACAGCUCCACAAGAAGAGGAGCCACCAUCGCAGCCCAUCCUGGGCGAGCUCACGGCCCCUCAUGUCAGCCCCGACUCCGUCCAGCUGGAGUGGAGCGUCCCCGAGGGCACCUUUGACUCCUUCACGGUGCAGUACAAGGAUGCCCAAGGCCAGCCCCAGGUGUUGCCCGUGGACGGAGGUUCACGCACGGUGACGGUGCCUGGGCUGUCACCAUCCCGCCGCUACAAGUUCAACCUGUACGGGGUGUGGGGUCGGAAACGCCUGGGCCCCGUCUCCACCGAUGCCGUCACAGCUGCGUCCGAGCCAGAGGAGGAGCCACCAUCGCAGCCCAUCCUGGGCGAGCUCACGGCCUCCCACGUCAGCCCCGACUCCGUCCAGCUGGAGUGGAGCGUCCCCGAGGGCACCUUUGACUCCUUCACGGUGCAGUACAGGGAUGCCCAAGGCCAGCCCCAGGUGUUGCCCGUGGACGGUGGUUCACGCACGGUGACGGUGCCUGGGCUGUCACCAUCCCGCCGCUACAAGUUCAACCUGUACGGGGUGUGGGGUCGGAAACGCCUGGGCCCCGUCUCCACCGAUGCCGUCACAGCUGCGUCCGAGCCAGAGGAGGAGCCACCAUCGCAGCCCAUCCUGGGCGAGCUCACGGCCUCCCACGUCAGCCCCGACUCCGUCCAGCUGGAGUGGAGCGUCCCCGAGGGCACCUUUGACUCCUUCACGGUGCAGUACAAGGAUGCCCAAGGCCAGCCCCAGGUGUUGCCCGUGGACGGAGGUUCACGCACGGUGACGGUGCCUGGGCUGUCACCAUCCCGCCGCUACAAGUUCAACCUGUACGGGGUGUGGGGUCGGAAACGCCUGGGCCCCGUCUCCACCGAUGCCGUCACAGCUGCGUCCGAGCCAGAGGAGGAGCCACCAUCGCAGCCCAUCCUGGGCGAGCUCACGGCCUCCCACGUCAGCCCCGACUCCGUCCAGCUGGAGUGGAGCGUCCCCGAGGGCACCUUUGACUCCUUCACGGUGCAGUACAGGGAUGCCCAAGGCCAGCCCCAGGUGUUGCCCGUGGACGGUGGUUCACGCACGGUGACGGUGCCUGGGCUGUCACCAUCCCGCCGCUACAAGUUCAACCUGUACGGGGUGUGGGGUCGGAAACGCCUGGGCCCCGUCUCCACCGAUGCCGUCACAGGUGAGGCUCCACAAGAAGAGGAGCCACCAUCGCAGCCCAUCCUGGGCGAGCUCACGGCCCCUCAUGUCAGCCCCGACUCCGUCCAGCUGGAGUGGAGCGUCCCCGAGGGCACCUUUGACUCCUUCACGGUGCAGUACAAGGAUGCCCAAGGCCAGCCCCAGGUGUUGCCCGUGGACGGAGGUUCACGCACGGUGACGGUGCCUGGGCUGUCACCAUCCCGCCGCUACAAGUUCAACCUGUACGGGGUGUGGGGUCGGAAACGCCUGGGCCCCGUCUCCACCGAUGCCGUCACAGCUGCGUCCGAGCCAGAGGAGGAGCCACCAUCGCAGCCCAUCCUGGGCGAGCUCACGGCCUCCCACGUCAGCCCCGACUCCGUCCAGCUGGAGUGGAGCGUCCCCGAGGGCACCUUUGACUCCUUCACGGUGCAGUACAGGGAUGCCCAAGGCCAGCCCCAGGUGUUGCCCGUGGACGGUGGUUCACGCACGGUGACGGUGCCUGGGCUGUCACCAUCCCGCCGCUACAAGUUCAACCUGUACGGGGUGUGGGGUCGGAAACGCCUGGGCCCCGUCUCCACCGAUGCCGUCACAGCUCCACAAGAAGAGGAGCCACCAUCGCAGCCCAUCCUGGGCGAGCUCACGGCCCCUCAUGUCAGCCCCGACUCCGUCCAGCUGGAGUGGAGCGUCCCCGAGGGCACCUUUGACUCCUUCACGGUGCAGUACAAGGAUGCCCAAGGCCAGCCCCAGGUGUUGCCCGUGGACGGAGGUUCACGCACGGUGACGGUGCCUGGGCUGUCACCAUCCCGCCGCUACAAGUUCAACCUGUACGGGGUGUGGGGUCGGAAACGCCUGGGCCCCGUCUCCACCGAUGCCGUCACAGCUGCGUCCGAGCCAGAGGAGGAGCCACCAUCGCAGCCCAUCCUGGGCGAGCUCACGGCCUCCCACGUCAGCCCCGACUCCGUCCAGCUGGAGUGGAGCGUCCCCGAGGGCACCUUUGACUCCUUCACGGUGCAGUACAGGGAUGCCCAAGGCCAGCCCCAGGUGUUGCCCGUGGACGGUGGUUCACGCACGGUGACGGUGCCUGGGCUGUCACCAUCCCGCCGCUACAAGUUCAACCUGUACGGGGUGUGGGGUCGGAAACGCCUGGGCCCCGUCUCCACCGAUGCCGUCACAGGUGAGGCUCCACAAGAAGAGGAGCCACCAUCGCAGCCCAUCCUGGGCGAGCUCACGGCCCCUCAUGUCAGCCCCGACUCCGUCCAGCUGGAGUGGAGCGUCCCCGAGGGCACCUUUGACUCCUUCACGGUGCAGUACAAGGAUGCCCAAGGCCAGCCCCAGGUGUUGCCCGUGGACGGUGGUUCACGCACGGUGACGGUGCCUGGGCUGUCACCAUCCCGCCGCUACAAGUUCAACCUGUACGGGGUGUGGGGUCGGAAACGCCUGGGCCCCGUCUCCACCGAUGCCGUCACAGCUGCGUCCGAGCCAGAGGAGGAGCCACCAUCGCAGCCCAUCCUGGGCGAGCUCACGGCCUCCCACGUCAGCCCCGACUCCGUCCAGCUGGAGUGGAGCGUCCCCGAGGGCACCUUUGACUCCUUCACGGUGCAGUACAGGGAUGCCCAAGGCCAGCCCCAGGUGUUGCCCGUGGACGGUGGUUCACGCACGGUGACGGUGCCUGGGCUGUCACCAUCCCGCCGCUACAAGUUCAACCUGUACGGGGUGUGGGGUCGGAAACGCCUGGGCCCCGUCUCCACCGAUGCCGUCACAGCUCCACAAGAAGAGGAGCCACCAUCGCAGCCCAUCCUGGGCGAGCUCACGGCCCCUCAUGUCAGCCCCGACUCCGUCCAGCUGGAGUGGAGCGUCCCCGAGGGCACCUUUGACUCCUUCACGGUGCAGUACAAGGAUGCCCAAGGCCAGCCCCAGGUGUUGCCCGUGGACGGAGGUUCACGCACGGUGACGGUGCCUGGGCUGUCACCAUCCCGCCGCUACAAGUUCAACCUGUACGGGGUGUGGGGUCGGAAACGCCUGGGCCCCGUCUCCACCGAUGCCGUCACAGCUGCGUCCGAGCCAGAGGAGGAGCCACCAUCGCAGCCCAUCCUGGGCGAGCUCACGGCCUCCCACGUCAGCCCUGAAUCCGUCCAGCUGGAGUGGAGCGUCCCCGAGGGCACCUUUGACUCCUUCACGGUGCAGUACAAGGAUGCCCAAGGCCAGCCCCAGGUGUUGCCCGUGGACGGUGGUUCACGCACGGUGACGGUGCCUGGGCUGUCACCAUCCCGCCGCUACAAGUUCAACCUGUACGGGGUGUGGGGUCGGAAACGCCUGGGCCCCGUCUCCACCGAUGCCGUCACAGCUCCACAAGAAGAGGAACCACCAUCGCAGCCCAUCCUGGGCGAGCUCACAGCCUCCCAUGUCAGCCCCGACUCCGUCCAGCUGGAGUGGAGCAUCCCCAAGGGCACCUUUGACUCCUUCAUGGUGCAGUACAGGGAUGCCCAAGGCCAGCCUGAGUCACUGCUCGUGGAUGGUAGUUCUCGCACGGUGACGGUGCCUGGGCUGUCACCAUCCCACCGUUAUAAUUUCUACUUGUACGGGGUUUUGGGGCAGAAACGUCUGGGCCCCAUCUCCCUUGACACCAUCACAGCCCCAGCUCUACAAAAGGAGAAACCACCAGCCCAGCCUCGCCUGGGCGAGCUCACGGCCCCUCAUGUCAGCCCCGACUCCGUCCAGCUGGAGUGGAGCGUCCCCGAGGGCACCUUUGACUCCUUCACGGUGCAGUACAAGGAUGCCCAAGGCCAGCCCCAGGUGUUGCCCGUGGAGGGGGGUUCACGCACGGUGACGGUUCCUGGCCUGUCCCCAUCGCGCCGCUACAAGUUCAACCUGUACGGGCUGUGGGGUCGCAAACGUCUGGGUCCCGUCUCCACUGAUGCUGUCACAGGCGCCCCGGGGACCCUCUGGGUGGGGACCGUGUGGCCCCGCAGCGCCUGGCUGCACUGGGCACCCCCCCACACCCCCCCUGAUGGCUACGACCUCAUCUAUGGCCCCCCCGGAGGACCCCAGCAGACGCUGCGGCUGCCCCCCGAGGUGACAUCCCAUCAGCUGUGGGGCCUGGAGCCGGCGGGGCGCUAUGGGGUGCAGCUGUGGGGGCGGGGAGGGGACACCCCCCACCCCCCCCUGGAAGUGACCUUUGACACCCCUCCUCUCCCCCACCCGCACCCCCGGGACUGCGCCGAGGAGCAGCUGAACGGGCCGGGGCCUUCGCGCGAGACCCUCAUCUUCCUCGGGGGAGACCCCGGGACCCCCCUGCGCGUCUUCUGCGACAUGGAGACCGACGGUGGCGGCUGGCUGGUGUUCCAGCGCCGCCAGGAUGGGGGCACCGAUUUCUGGCGGGGGUGGGACGCCUAUGCCCACGGUUUCGGCAACGUCACCGGGGAGUUCUGGCUGGGGAACGAGGCGCUGCACGCGUUGACGGCGGGGACCCCGACGGAGCUGCGGGUGGAUCUCCGCACGCCGCAGGACGCCGCCUUCGCCCGCUACCGUGACUUCGCCGUGGCCAGCCCUGAGGACCAUUACCGCCUCCGCCUCGGCGCCUACAGUGGCACCGCCGGGGACGCGCUCUCCUACCACGCCGGCAGCCCCUUCUCCACGCGGGACCGGGACCCCCGGGGCCGCCCCCGCCCCUGCGCUGUUGCCUACACCGGGGCCUGGUGGUACCACAACUGCCACUACGCCAACCUCAACGGGCGCUACGGGACCCCCCACCACCACCAGGGCAUCAACUGGUUUCCCUGGAAAGGGUUCGAGUUCUCCAUCCCCUUCACCGAGAUGAAGCUGCGGCCGCAGCGUGACUGAGGGGGCGCGGGGGUCCGGGC